CAACUGUCAGUCAGAGAGCGAAGCAUACACAGGGCAACGAUUAUUGAAAGGGACAGUGUUCUACCAUGGCGACAGUGAGAAGCUUUCUAACAUGCAGAUACUUAAGCCUGGCGUUAACGAGACCGACGUCGGUACGAAACUCCGCAGAUAAUAUCUCGAUCAGCCACUCAUGGGUGGUAAGAAGAGGCGUGGCAGGGGGCGUGGCCAAGGGGAGGAGCGAGAGGAUCAAAUGGCUCUGGGAAGCGGAUGCCACCGAGGUUAUGAUCGCCGCUGGACACACCCAUGGCUGCAGGAUGACGGGAGGAAUCUACACUCUGAACACGAAGAAGCCCUUGCGCCCUGAACACUUGGAGAAAGCGCUGGUCCACUUGCAGAGACAAGCGCAAGCACUUCGCGGUGUAAUAAAAGAAAAAGACGGGAAAUACUGGAUUUGUGAAAGUGACCAAGAGCAAAUAAACUUCAAGGUGUUGAAGGGAGGCAACAUCUCGGAGGAGAUGUGGCGCUUCACCAACACGCCCAUCGGGUACGACCAGGCCCCCCUGUGGCGCGCCGUCUUCCUGCCUGACGCCGACAACAUCAGCGUUGCCAAGCCUGCCCACCUGAAGGAGGUCCGAGAACAGUUCCCUCAUCAGAGCUACCUCGUCAUGCCCGUCCACCACUCCUUCAUCGGCGGUCCAACGAUGGCUUUGAUCGUCCAGAGGCUCGUGGAGCUCCUGAAUGACGUGAUCGCAGGCCGCCCCAUCGACGACUCGCGGCAGAUCGGAGAGCUGGUGCCGUCGACGGAGAUCGACGCGGCGAAGCGCAGGAUCCGGGAGGAGUUGGAGAGGGAGCCGGCACGUCUGGAGGCCACGAGGGAGGAGAUGGUGGCCUGCGACUCCGAGCCGAUCCUACUGAAGGCGUUUCCGAGGCCUGGGGGCGUCCCCUCCUCCGGCCACGUCCUCAGGGACGUUAGCCCGGCACUCCUUCAGAAGUUCACUGCCAAAUGCAAGUCCGAGGGCGUGACGUUCAACAGCGGCCUGCAGGCGGCCAUCAACACGGCUCUGGUGGAGACUGUGACAGAGGCCGGCCUGCAGCAGGACGCCUUCAGCCUCAGCAUCAACCUCGCCACCGACGUCCGCCGCUACAUGAGCAGGAACCCCCUGGAGGUGCUUGGCCUGCACGUGCGCCCUACUGUACACCGCGUGAUCACACCUGCACGUGUGCGCGACCACUUCUGGCACUAUUGCAGGGACUUGCACGGGUCCCUGGCGGGUCUGAUCCGCUCCGGCCUGGUGCUACAGCAGGAGGUGGUGCGUGAGAUCACACAGCCGCCCAUUGACCCGCAUCGCUACUUUGCAACGCCCCCGCCUGUGCUCAGAGACUACGGGCUCACCAACCUAGGCGAUCUUACCUCGCUGCUCAGGGGAGAGGGCGAACACCUCCAACUGACGGACAUCCUCAUGGCUUCAGCUGUGCACCGCUUCCUAUACAUGAUGCUUCAUCAGAUCUACACAUUUCGCGGUCGCUGUCCGUACUCCGUCAGUUAUGACACGUCCUACAUGAGUCACGACACAGCCAACUUGAUUGCAGACAAAGUGCUAGCAACAAUUGCGGACGUUUGCAAAUAACCAUUCAUUUCUCUCUCUUUUCUAUUCACUGUUCUUUUAAUUUGAACAGUGUAGAAUUUUCUUUGACGAACGGUAAGUUAUAAAUAGCAACCGUGAUUUACAUUCCCUAUAGUUCAUGAAUUUAUCAUUGAAUGCAACAUUUUCAUCAUGAUUAUGUUCUAGAAUUCUUUCAUAAGCAAGACAUACGUUUCAAAAACAAAAACGUACAAGCAAGAUAAAUGCAACUUUCCUUCAGGUAAAGGUAUUUGCAGUUGCUGUGAUUAUUAGUAAAUAGCUAAUAUUAUUCAUCCUCUCUCUUCCUUAUCCCUCCCUCCUCUCUUUCCUCAUUGAUUCUUGCAAAGUAAUGAUUCGACAGUGUCAUCUCCCAACCUUUGUAAGAGAGCAGUCGUUGGAUCCAGUUACCAGUAGAAUCAAGGUACUUCGAGGCACCACCACUUUCCUUAGAUCAGUGGUUCUCACCCUCUUUACUACCA